CGAAAACAAAUCAGAACCGCAUACAAUUGGGAAACAACAGUGUCAGAGUGGUUGCGCCGAAUCCGAGGGCAGCUCUGGAGGUUGGAUGGUGCACAAUGCCGGCUUUAUUGGAGGAUCCUGAUUCAGGUGUGAUUUAUCGUCAGACAGGCCAUGUGCCCUACCCGACAUCCGACAACCCCCAGAUACCAUCUUCGAUAUUCCCACGACCUGUCACGUUGCGCGAUCGAAUCACAGUCGCAACUCUGGUGCCAUUCUUCUCGCCUGAUGCCGUUCCAAAGAGGCUACUCGCCUACCUAGGUGAGAACCUCAACAAGGAAAUCGAAGGCGGAGACACCUACCCCAUGAAGGACCCUUUAUCUCUCGACAAAUUUGGUUCUUACUGGUUUGGAAAUUUCGGCGCCAUCAUGAUCAUGGGAGACAUUGGUGGGAUUGAGGCUGUUAUCGACAUGGAACGCACGGGCGCCGAUUGGAGCAAGCUGUGUUUGGGCAGUUUUUAUGUCAAGCCCAACUAUCCAGGAAGAAGCAGUCAUGUCUGCAAUGGUGGAUUCCUCGUGACGCCUGCGGCUCGCAACAAGGGCGUGGGCAAAUCGAUGGGUCAAUGUUACUUGGACUGGGCGCCUCAAUUAGGAUAUACCUAUUCGGUGUUCAAUCUGGUGUAUGAGACGAACACAGCAUCAACAAAAAUAUGGGAUUCACUCGGAUUCAAGCGAAUUGGCAAAGUGCCUGGUUGUGGGAUUUUGAAGUCAUCGCCUGAGCCUGUUGAUGCCAUCAUCUACGGACGCGACCUCUCCUCAGAAAGUGAAAAUGUGGCGUCAGAAGAACGAUUUGAUAAAAUCCGUUAUUAUCUUCGGCACCAACUCUACCCGCAAGGCGCUGAUCGAUCAGAAAAGAGUCGCUUACGGAGUGCAGCAACGCACUAUAAAUUAGUUCCAGGGCAAGAUGGCGUGGCGGAGAAAUUGAUGUUGAAAGACAAGGAGGUUAUUUCGGACCCGCAGGCACAGUACGACAUUGCCAAAUCAAUCCAUCAUCAGACUCAUGGAGGUAUCAAUAAAACCACAGCCAUCAUCGCAACGAAAUACCACUGGAUCCGGAUCAAAGAGACAGUCAGUCAUGUUAUCAAAAAUUGUCCGGACUGCAAAGACACCAACAAGCCCCCUGUUGGCCGUGGUGAGACAAGACCUGGGAGAAGCAAGACCAUUGAUGAAGCGCCGCCAAAUCUGCCACUGCCACAGUCACAACCACCUCCACCACCGAUACCUGACGUGACAAGCCUAUCGCAAGAAGAUCUAUCGGCUAAUCAUAUAUCGGACCAUGACUUUGUCUCGAUACAACAACCGAUGGACCUUGCCAAUGGCCACUUGAGUGAUCCGGACAGCCACCUCCACGCUUACGACGAGAUGGCGAUCGAUCCACAAAUCAUGGAGCAGAUCCAAGCAGAAAUGAAUUCGACAUAUGGACCCAACGCGCAUGCCUAUGUGCAGGCUGGUCUACCAUCGUUCGCCGACACGUCACACUUGCAAUCCCAUCAUGACCCGCAUGACUUUGGCCAACAGCCUUCAGACCACCAGUUUAUUCACGACCCGACCUCAAACAUGAUGGGCCACGACCAUGUCAUGAACGACGGAAACCCAGGCACCGGACUCAACAACAUGCAACCGAUGCAGCACGUAUUACCCAUGGAUUACAUGCAUCCAGAUCCACAAAACAUCAACAAUACGGAUGCAAAGUAUGAAUUGUGAAGAGGCGUUGGUGGAUGACAAUGAGUUGGUUUUUAUUGCACUUUCUAGACAAUUCGAUUCGACCGUGAUUAGGGCGAGCAUGCUGGACGUGCAACAUGUCCGAAGCAGGCAUUUUCUUCUUCAAAGGGGACGAGUGGUGGCUUGUGGUUUGUAGUCGGCAGCCUUGAGGCAAAUUACGGUGUUGAGCAGCCUCAACAUUCGAAUGAUUCUUGCAUGACUUGGAAAUAUUGUGUGCACCAGUGCAAUGAGACUGUACGAAAUUUAUAGAGCAACAGCCAGUUCAAACUGCUUCGA